GAUAUAGUGUGAGGGGAACUGUACAUGUCUGACAGGGAGAGAUGAGCUGGGCACCGAGUGUGUGUCGCACGAGGGAAGCUGCCCUUGUCUAUAUGGACCGGAGUGGGGGGCUGCAGAAGUUCACAGAGGACUGCAAGAGAUAUAAUGAAUCCAACCAUAGCUAUGCUGUAUACCGGUUUGUAAUCUCUAUUAACCCUACAGACAUAACUGAACUGGAUGCUACUCUUGGAAACUAUAUACUGCAUGAACCAAUGAGAGCGGCACAAAUCUUCCAGUCGGUUUGUGAUACAGCCAUCAAAACCCUGUCUUUAAUUGAGUCAUACCAAAAGGAGUCUCAGAUCAAUGUGGUCCUCAGAUUAACCCACUUACCUGAUUUACCUGCGUAUCACCUAAACCUCGAUGAGUUUCCUAUGAAUUACAAAUCCCAGAGGCUUUGCAUGCUGAAAGGGGUAGUCAUUGCAAUGUCUACAGUGACUAAAUAUACACAGGGGGCAAGGUUUUUGUGCUCUGAGAAAAACUGCCCUUUUUCUGAAGGUUUCCGAUACAUAAGAGUUCAUAUACCUGGAGCCACAGAGUCUGCAACAAUAAGAACAGAUUUUGUAUGCAGUUUGUGUUCAUCCUUACUCCGAGAAGACAUGAAAUACAGAGUUCUGGGAGAAAAACAGGUUGUUGAAUUACUUGACUCCAGGGCAUUACAAAUAUUUCAAGGACAUUCUACAAAUAUUGGCUACUGUGAAUUGAAGUCUUAUGCAGUGUUUGUUAGAGAUGAGUUAAUUAACAAAAUGAAAAUAGGAGCAAGGUACAGAGUUGUAGGAAUUCCAGUAUGUGGGCCCAAUGGACCGCACAUAUCUGUAUGCAUAGAGGCUAAUAAUAUACAUCAGUACAUUGAAGAAAGUCCAUCAGCCAUAAGUAAACCUUUUCAGAGUCUCCUGUCAGUUGCUAUGAGUUCUCCAUGGAUUUUUACUGGCAUUCUAGCAAAUAUGUUUGCAUCUCAGGUUAUUCCAAUUGGUGUUUACAAUACUUUAAAACUAUGCAUCCUGCUGAGCCUUGUGCAAACGGGUAAAGAUGACGAAGGCAGUGGAAGUUUUCUGGAUCUCCUGGCUGUAACAAGUGAUGCACUCGUUGUGGAUCGGCUCAUGAGUUACAGUAUCUGCCUUGUACCACGGGGAGUGCGGCAUUCUGCAUCUAAUGACUUAUUUGCAACUGUAAUGAAAGAUAUAAGAGGUAGUGGAGCAGCUAGUAUCCAGGCUGGCAGUGCUUUGAUGGCCAGAGGUGGAAUCUGCUUCACUGGGGACUUGCGUUUGCAUAAAAAAGAUAAACUUGACCACCUGCAAUCAGUGUUGGAGAGCAGAAGUACCAGUGUGUUCAUUCCUGGAAAGAAAUAUGGGGAGGAUGUCAAUCAUCAAGUAUGUAUUCCUGUUCAGAGUAAUUUCUGGUCUUAUGUGGAUUCAUGUCCCAAGAAACAAGGCCACCGAGAAAGCACUUUCAUUGGUCAAGUGGACAUAAGUGUGGUACCUUCUAAUCUACUGGAUGCCUUUGGCAUGUUCAUAUACUGCGAUGAAACCUCAGAUAAACAUUCAUCGCUCUCUCUUGUGCAUCACAACCUCCAGAGAGCUGUGAGCCCUGAAACCUGUAUCUAUCCUGCUUCCCAGCUAUAUACUACACAAGACUAUGAAAGGCUGAUUGCCUUUGCCAAGAAUAUACAGGUAAACAUGAGCAAAAAAUCGGAAACACUAAUCCAUGGCUAUUAUCUAGCAAGUAGAAGGGUGAGAACAGACACACAUGGAUCUACAAUGCCUGCUUCAGCACUAAGACAUCUAAUGUCAAUGUCGGAAGCACAUGCAAAACUCAGCCUAAGGAGGGAAGUGCUGGAGGAAGAUGUACUGAUUGCAGUUUUGUUGUUUGAAUUAUCCUUGACCUUAAAGCAUGGCAGUUCUGUUUUUUAUGUACCACCAAGUGCUUUAUUCCCCGUGAAGCUUUAUGAUGAAAGCAGUUUGCAUCAAAGAGAUAUGUACCUCAGCGAAACCUACCAGCAGUUGCAACGGUUUGUCUUCACUUAUGGACCUGGAACCACUGUCUCUGCUUCUGAAGAAUAAAGACUACUUUCCAGAAUUCCAAAUAAUUCUUUUAAAAGUUGACUUUUGUAGUGGUCAUCUGUAACAUUCUAUGUCAUUUGUAUAGUAUACCAUAGAGUAUAAGGUAUAAAACUUACAAGGGACACAGAAUAUUACAACUGAUAGCUAUUAAAAGGAUAAAUCAGCACCUAGUCCAAGAUAAUAUGUCGAAUAUUUUUAAAUGAUUCGUUUAAUGAUAUGUUAUAUUGUAACGCUAAGUUGAGUGUUCUAGUGCCACAGACCGAUCCAAAGCUGUAUAACAGUCCAGUAAUUCACGAGUUAGAACAUGCCUAUUGUCUAUUUGUCAGAUCUGGAUAUUUCUCCACCUAACACAGUAGUCCUUCUAGAUCAGACACCCACUAUUCAUCACAGAUAAAGUGAGACAAAAAGUGCGUACCAAACCAUCACCCCAACCAGAUACUGAAUUUACAUAGCUGUACAGCCAUCUCAGAUGUAUAAUUUAAUAUGCCUCACAUAUGAUGACUAUCACCAAGGGAAAGAUAAUUUUAGUUGCAACACCUCUAACCCAGUCAUCUUCUCUUUACCAUAUUCAAGUUAUUUUUUUAUAUUGCCUUGACUUUUGGCUUUCUGCUUUCGCCAUUUCCUUUUUCAUACCAGCCUAACCUACAAAUGAGUUUUUUGGUGUUGGACUGGCCCACUGGGAUACCAGGAAAAUUCCCGGUGGGCCAAGGUGUCAGUGGGCCUCUUGCUUCUAACUAUUUGGCCUAUUUCAUGGUCAUGCCCUAUUUCUUUACGGGAACAAUGAGGCUUAAUAAUGGAAGAAUAGUAUUUAGAGAAACGAGACUAGGAGAAUGAAGAGGUUGAGUGAGGAGAGGAAGUAUAAUAGUUUGGAAAGUGGGCCCUCAGCUUAAGAUUUUCUGGUGGGCCCCUGGCAUCCCAGUCCGACACUGCUCUUAGGGCAACACUAGCACCUAUGUAGUAACGAGUUGCAGUCAUUGCUCACUUUAUUUCUUUCACAAAUUUUAUUUAUCUCUACAAAAACAUUUUUGCUAGAUUUUUUAUUUUUCUUCCCUGGCCUGUUAGUGGACAUAUGUUACUACUGGAAAUUCCAUUCAAAAUGCCUUGUUCCUUCACACAGUUACAUGCUACACUCUACAUUCUAAAUAUUUAUGAACUGCUGCUGCUCCUUCCACCACUACUUGAGACUAUAGCUACUCUUAGGUUAAUAUAGUUUUGAGGACCUGGCAGUGAUUGGGCUUACUUGCAUUGUAAUGUAUUGGAUUCUGCUUAGCUCUAAAUCCAAACUGCAUUUCAGUUCUGUUACUUUCUCCAGUGCAUGGUCUCAGGCUACACUCCAUUGCCAAUUGAGCCCUGAAAUGAAUAGUCCAAUAUACAGGGUAAUUUAAGGCUUAUGCCAUAAUAAAGAUGCCUUAAUUAGUGCAGGCCAUGCCAGUCAUCUUUGUGAAUAAAUGUUAGUGUGUGUUUUAUGUCCACCUAUACAAUUAGAAAAUACAAUUUUAUUCAACCUUUGGUGAUAUUUCCAGUUAUAAUUUGGAUUGGAUUUGGUACACUGGGAAUAAAAUUAAGAGUCCA